AUGGCAGGUGGUAAAGCUGGGAAAGACUCUGGAAAAGCAAAGGCUAAGGCAAUCUCUCGAUCGCAUCGUGCAGGCCUUCAAUUUCCUGUUGGUCGUAUCCAUCGUCACUUAAAAGCACGUACUACUAGUCAUGGAAGAGUUGGCGCUACUGCUGCAGUCUAUUCGGCAGCUAUCCUGGAGUACCUAACUGCCGAAGUUCUCGAAUUGGCUGGCAAUGCAAGUAAAGACUUAAAAGUCAAACGUAUAACACCUCGGCAUCUUCAGUUGGCCAUUCGUGGAGAUGAAGAACUUGAUACAUUAAUCAAGGCAACCAUUGCUGGCGGUGGUGUUAUUCCUCACAUCCACAAAUCCCUUAUCGGGAAGAAAAUACCACCUAAACCCCUUUCCAUGUAA